AAUUUUUUUACAAGCACAAGUACGCCAAACAAUCAAUCGGAGGCAAGGAGGCUACAAAUCCUGAAAGAAUAAGGCCAGCUACGAAUAUCCACACUCCAAACAUGUACAGCAAAAGUGUAGACCAAAUCACGAUCCUGCACGGAGACCGAACAAAAUUGAAAGAUCUGCUACGGUUGCGGCUCAUCGAGUGCGGCUGGAACGACCAGGUGCGAUACCUCUGCCGGCAAGCGAUAGCGGAAAGCGGCCAGACGAACGUGGAUGCCGUCGUGCAGGUUGUGACGCCGGAAGCCCGCACGCUCAUUCCCGAUGUGGUAAAACGGGAGCUGCUGCAGAAAAUUCGAAUGAGUCUGCUGCAACAAGAGCGACUUGACGUGUCGAUUUCCUCGCGAUAAUAAUAGGCGACAUAGUUUAAGCAUAGACUGGUAAAUAAAGAAAUUAUUGUCGACAAUUGAA